UGUAUACAUAGCAGUGCAAUUGAAGCCAGGUGCAGCCGAGUUUGCACAUUGGUGCUGAGGGUUCUGACACUGCGCAACGUCCGCGCAAGUCGCGGGUUUACGCGAGCGAGCCUGACGGGGCCCAGAUCAACCUUGGUUAGAGUCGUGUCAGUCCUUUAUAUUUAGUCAUACACCGGCCCUGAGUUUGGCCUGUACAAGGAAGCAAACAACAUCAUGUUGGGCCAGCUCUUUAACAAGGAGACGCAGGCGAUUUUCUUCAACUACAAGGAGAAGCCUGUGCAGCGCAUGCUUGAUUUUGACUUCGUUUGCGGGCGCGAGACUCCAUCUGUCGCUGCUCUGGUGACACCCGGCAGCUCGGGCGGCUUCCAGAAGCUGUUCUUCGGCAAGAACGAGAUAGCCAUCCCUGUGUACGGCAGCAUCGCCGAGGCCACCCGCAAGCACCCCAAGGCGGAUGUGUUCAUCAACUACGCCUCCUUCCGCAGCGCCUACGAGAGCUCGCUGCAGGCGCUCAACAGCGCCACCCUGCGUGUGAUCGCCAUCAUCGCGGAGGGUGUCCCCGAGAAGGACACCAAGCACCUCAUCGCGGUGGCCCGCGCCAACAACAAGGUCAUCAUCGGGCCCGCCACCGUGGGCGGCGUGCAGGCCGGCGCCUUCAAGAUCGGCGACACGGCCGGCACGCUGGACAACAUCGUGGCCUGCAAGCUGCACCGCCCCGGCUCCGUGGGCUUCGUGUCCAAGUCCGGCGGCAUGAGUAACGAGAUGUACAACGUGCUGGCACGUGCCACCGACGGCCUGUACGAGGGCAUCGCCAUCGGCGGCGACGCCUUCCCCGGCUCCACUCUGUCCGAUCACUGCCUGCGAUACGAGCACAUCCCCGCCAUCAAGAUGAUUGUGGUGCUGGGGGAGCUGGGCGGCGCCGACGAGUACGGCCUGGUGGAGGCCAUCAAGGCCGGCGCCGUCACCAAGCCCGUGGUGGCCUGGGUGUCGGGCACCUGCGCCAAGCUGUUCAAGAGCGAGGUGCAGUUCGGCCACGCCGGCGCGCGCAGCGGCGGCGACCUGGAGAGCGCGCAGGCCAAGAACGCGGCGCUGAGGGCGGCGGGCGCCACCGUGCCCGAGUCCUUCGAGGGGCUGGAGGGAGCCGUCAAGUCGGUGUACGACCGGCUGGUGGCGGCGGGCACACUGGUGCCGGCGGCGGACGUGCCGGCGCCCGCCGUACCGCAGGACCUGGCGGCGGCUGUGGCGGCGGGCAAGGUCCGUGUGCCCACGCACAUCGUGUCCACCAUCUGCGACGACCGCGGCGAGGAGCCCACCUACUACGGCGUCAGCAUGUCGGAGCUGAUCGAGGGCGACUACGGCAUUGGCGACGUGAUCAGCCUGCUGUGGUUCAAGCGCAAGCUGCCCAAGUACGCCACCAAGUUCAUCGAGAUGUGCGUGAUGAUGUGCGCCGACCACGGCCCCUGCGUGUCGGGCGCGCACAACGCCAUCGUGACCAGCCGCGCCGGCAAGGACAUUGUGAGCAGCCUGGUCAGCGGGCUGCUCACCAUCGGCCCGCGCUUCGGCGGCGCCAUCGACGACGCCGCGCGCUACUUCAAGGCGGCGUGCGACGCCGGCCAGUCGCCGUCCGAGUUCGUGGAGGGCCUGAAGAAGAAGGGCAUCCGUGUGGCGGGCAUCGGGCACCGCAUCAAGUCCAAGGACAACCGCGACAAACGCGUGGAGCUGCUGCAGCAGUACGCGCGCAAGUUCUUCCCCUCCACGCGCUACCUGGACUACGCAGUGGAGGUGGAGACCUACACGCUACAGAAGGCGCCCAACCUGGUGCUCAACGUGGACGGCUGCAUCGGCGCGCUGUUCCUGGACCUGCUGGCCUCGUCCGGCUGCUUCAGCGACAAGGAGGCCAAGGAGAUCGUGGAGAUCGGCUACCUGAACGCGCUGUUCGUGGUGGCUCGCUCCAUCGGCCUGGUGGGGCACGCGCUGGACCAGAAGCGCCUGCAGCAGCCGCUGUACCGCCACCCCUGGGAGGACGUGCUGUACACCAGCUAGGUGUGUGCGGAGGCGGAGGGAUGGAGGUGUGAGGAGGGAUGUGGCGGCGGCUUGGCGGCUGGGGCGAAUGGCGCCGCGCACAGGAAGUCUGGGCGGCGGCCGUGCGGUCGGCGGGUGGUGGGCUGCUGAUAACCCAGGGCUAGCAUGCGAGCGAAGGCGGCGUUGGGCAUGUGGCCAAGGGACAGGAGGAUUGGAAGAGCAGGAGGGCUUCAGUGUGUACGAGGGGUUGAGCCAAGGAGCAGGCAAGCUGGUGCAGUUGGUGAACUGGAUUGAGUGACGGGGCAGCGGCCGGACCCGUGGCGGACCCGUGGCGUGCUAAGGGAUGUGGUGCCCUUUUUUGCUGACGGCAGGCACCGGUUGGCUUACAGAGCAUUGGCAUGGCCCAACUGUUGCUUGCAUGGCUGCGCUCCAUAGCUCAUGUUGGUGCAGCAGUGAGCAGAAACACCGCAGCAUGCCACUACAGGGGCUUACGCCUGGUUGGACAGUGUUGGUGAUGGCACUAGCACGCGGUGCGUGUUGGCAGCUUGUGCAAAACACGCGUGCGCCAAACCUGGCAUGUGUGCUACUGUGCUGCAGCCCUGCCGCUGACAGCUACGCAGUACGUGUACGGCAGUCGCCUGUCCUGAACAAGUCCUGACGAUCAAGUCCUGAACAUUUGCUACGUUUGCUGCACUGUGUCAGUAUGUCUCAGUGCCGCCCAGGGGAAGGAGCUGCGUAUGCUGCCUGCCGUUCAUUGCCCCGUAGCCGCCAUAGCUGUACAUGCAUGUUGCGGAUAUGCGCCAGUGGGCAGCCAAGCACGGGAGAGAGAAGAGCUAGGCAGCGUCGGGCUUGCUGUAAGCCUGUAACAUCUUGGAGGG